AGUUCUCUGACUUUCGUUUGUAUGGUUAGACGUGUGUGUUCCUCAUAGCUACAGCCAAUUUUAAAACUCACAUAGGCUUUGCAUAAGUUGAUAGGAGCCAAAAAUGUUGCAGCCACGCAAAACCAACAGCAUAUUGGAUCGACGUUUAAAAAAUGUCCGCUCACUUAAUUACAGAAGUGGAAUGUUAUAUUUCGGCUUUUACCAUACAAACUUGAGCCUUGCUCUGUUAACAACACUCAUUUUAGCUAUGGUCCCUAUUGAAGCUUCACAGUCAACCAGUCACCCUUAUCUAGUGAGUCCGACACCAACUUUGGCAGCGAUAGCCUCUGAUGAUAUAACUACUGUUCUCUUGGUAAAUAAUGAAUCAGGACAUCUUGGCGAUAGUCAUGGACGGUUUUUGACGGUACGCCCAGAAUUAGGUGUUUUGACUUCAACAGCUAGGACAUUUAUUCAGGAUGGAAUAACAACAGAAUUUGCUACUAAGAUUGUUGGGACUACUUUAAAUAACGGUCGCCUUUACGCACAAUAUCUCAAAAAGAGUUCGAGAAUUCUUUAUCAAAACGAACAUCUAGCACCAUCUGUGGUUACUAGUUGGGUAGGUGAAGAAGAUUCUCAGCAAACGCCACUAUAUUUACAAAGUCACAAUGAUCUCUUUAACUCGGAUGACAUUGACUGGCAGGAUAUCGACGAUAGCCUAGGUGUUCAUCGAGGCGAGUUUGUUGGUAACACCGACUUUGUAAGCUAUCAAAGCACAAUACUUAAAGACUCAAGGGUUCCUGCUUAUCAAGAUAAUGAACGUCUAACAUCUCUACACGCUGUAGGUAGCAAUAAUGAUACAUUGAAGUUUGACUCAAAAAGGACAGACGAAAUCAAAAAGAUUGUUGAUAAUAAGGUCUUAUCAAUUGAAUUUUUGGAAACAUUUACUGUUAAAAGCAAUAUUGGUCAUUUUGAAAAUUCUGCGUUCAAUCAAGUCACAAGCGACUUAUAUGCUCCUAGAGAAGAAAGAAAAUACGGACCAAAAAAAUCCAUUGAUUCACGUUCUGAAAAAAAUAUUAAAGCCCAAGAGCAUCGAACUGGCCACCAACAAUUCUUAGCUACUGUAACUUACUAUGGAUUUGCAGAGUUUACUACAAUUGUUGGAGAUAGUGUCAUUGUUUUUUCGCCCAGUACCAUUCAGAGCAGCAUGCAUUUUGGACACGUUACUUCGAUAAAGGGCAGCCCCACUUUACAACCCGAAUCACUGAGUAAUCUGUCAACAGCUAACACGGCGGAAAAAAUCGAAGUUUUAAGCACAAGGUCAAGUCUUGGAUUAGAUAUUAGCGAAAGUGCGAAUGAUAAGGAGAGUCAUUCCAACAACUUUUCAACUCCAGAGUCAAACAUUUUGCAAACAGAAAAAUUCAGCAAUAUAUUAUCAGUUGAGGUGGAAUCUAGUAAAGUUUUUUCUCAAGAAAUCCUUCCAUUGAUUUCCACAGAAAUUAAGGACCUUAAAUCAGCUUCAAUUGAUUCUAUUCAUGGUUUGGAAAAACCAAAAAGUCACAUUGAACCAAAUAUUCAAAAGCAGGAAGGGGCUACAACUAUAUAUAUUGAUGAUGAUCCUUUCACCAGUUUCGUAAAGCUAAAUGAUUCAUCAAGCUUAAAAUUAAAUUCAUCUGUCCAAGAAAAAACUUUUCAAUAUAUUGAAACAUCUGAAAGUAAAAAAACAGUUGACAUUUUGACUUAUCAAACAAUUCCGGCUAUUAUUAAUAACAAGAACGACAGUGUGGGUAGUAAACCAGUCGUUGGGACGAGUAAUGAUAAUGACAAUAAUUCCAUUAAACUAUGCAACCAUACAACGUCACAAGUUUUUCUUACUCAGAUGCCUAAGUUACUUAAUAUAAGCAAAGAGAAUAGCAUUGCUAUCGACGCCAACCCACUUUUCGCCUAUGACAUUGUAGAAACAACUAAAUACUAUUGCAUACAAGCUUCACAACCGGAACAAAAGAAUGAAUUAAAUAGCGAUAUUGUAGACCACGAGUCUGUUACAGAAAAAUAUAAAGAAUUAAUGUCGACAGAGUUUAUAGAUGAUGUAGAUGAAACUACAGCUCGAGAUUCAGAGGACUAUGAUGUGACUACAGAAAAUGAAUAUGAAAUCGAUGAUGAUGACUACGACAGUGUUAUUAAUGACGCUGAUUUAGUAUAUAAAACUCUAUAUACAACUUAUACAUAUUUAACAACAUUCUUUGAAGGCUCUCGCACUACGAUAUCUAGCCACACUGAGGUCUUAACAAAUAUCAUUUCCUCGACAAUUGGGAGUUAUGGUGAAGCGAAAUCGAGCACCUUAGGUUAUUUUGAAGAGAACAAGAAUAUUGAAAGUACAAUUCGACAGGAUGACCAUAAAGCUGUAGCUUUAGCGUCUAAGUAUACUAUACCUAUUGAAAUUGUUAGCCUAUUAACUGAGGAAAGUAAAAAAAAUAUUGCUGAAAAUAAAACUACUGAUAAGAUAAUAACUUCUUUUAUGGAAGACUUAAAAUAUAGUAAAACCUUAUUCACCACAUAUACAUAUUAUACAUCUAUUUUUACUGAUAACGACACUGAAGUACAAUCACGAACAGAGGUGGUCACAAAUUAUGUUACAACAACCAGCGAUCCCCAAGCCACUAACCAGAAUUUUGUAACAUCAGAGGUUCUUUCAGCCCAGCACGAAAUCGAAAAAAAGGAACAUAUGCCUUUUGAAAAAGAAGUUAAUUCCAGUAGAUUAAGUGACGCGCGUCCAGGUACUUUUAUUAAAACAAAUUCGCUUGAUGACCAAAUAAGCUCGGAAAGUAACACGGAGGAGAUCAUACCAUCAGCAACUUUUCUUCUUCAAACAAGUUUUACAACAUUUACCUUUUAUACAACCAUGUAUGUCGGCGAUGACACAAGUAUAAUCAGUCGUCUUGAGACAGUAACAAACGUAGCUACUGAAACUUUGCAACCUACAAAAAUAGAAAAUUUAGAGGAGUCUUCGUUUCCUAUUACUUAUUUUACAACAUUUACUUAUUGGACUAAGUUAGCUAAAGAUGGUGAGAUUACUACACUAAGCAGAGAGGAAACAUUGUCCAAUGUUAUUCAACCCACAAAUAUGACAGUAAUAGCUGUUGACGAAUCGUCAAGGACAGCAGAAAAAACAUCAUCGAGUGACAUCGAAACGCAGACCCAUUUGAAUUCUGAAAGCGGUAGUAUUUCCUCUUUGACUGAUCCAAGCUUUCGAUCUGACAUUACCACAUAUUACACUACAUAUACCUAUUAUACUACUUCAUAUAAAGUAAAUAUGACAAUUAUCGAUUCACGUUUAGAGACCCUUACUAACGUAGUGACAUCCGGAGAAGACCCUACUUUAACUCAAGCCACUUUGGAUAUAAUGAUUAAACCUAGUCAGCCUGUUACUGGAGAAGAAUAUCAAAUUAUAACUAAUACACCGAAUAUUGUUCUAUACGAUUAUAAACAAAUAAUAGAUGCGGAAGAAGUAAGCACUUUGUAUUUUACAACCGAAAUUAUAUCUUCACUAAAUAGUGAGGGACAUGAAACGGAAAUAACUAGUAGCACCUCAAGGUUGCACAUUGACGAAUCCAAGAAGUCUAUUUUGGCCACCAUCUUAGGUAAUAUAUCGGAUGAAAGCAUAUCUAGCAAUAAAUUGUAUAAGACAGGGUUAGUAAGGCUUAUUGAAGGCAAACGCAUUCAAAAUAGUACAACUACGUUAUACCAAUCAAAAGUUAUUGGUACUGUCAUAGACAAUCGAUAUGCGCAGAUAAUAGAGAGUACAUCAAGCUUUUUUUUUGAAAACUCAAAGUCUAACGAUAAUUUGCUCCCGACAACCGUUCAAAACAAUUUUAUGGCAACCCAAGACAUGAAUUCAAUUGAAAUGAAAUCUUUGAAAAAUGAAAAUGAUAACGAAACAUUUUCUUUAAAAGACGAAAAAAACUCAAAAGAAGAAUUAGAUAUUGACGUAGAUGAGUUGACGACACCACAUACAACGAAGAGGCCAUUCGCUCCUGUAAUAAGGCCGUUUGCUUCAAGAAAUAGGCCUUCAUUCGCACCAAAACAGAAAACAGUACUUCCAAGUAGCGCGACAAUAAUAACAAGAUCGGACAUCACACCGACUAUUACGGCAACACCUGCUUUAAAAUCAGUUGGUAGAUACAGCUCGUCGCGACGGGGUGUGAUAUCCAAUGUACCAACUAAUCCCAACGAGUCAAAUUUAAGCCAGGGUCAGUCAUCGAGGCGCCUUUUCGGACGACCAACCAAGUCAUUGACUAGUUUAACAGAUACGACUGGAACUCAACAGACCAGCAUUGGAUUUUCACCAUCGAAAAACCGUUUCGCGUCUUCUUCACGCUCAUUAGUGAGUUCCAGGCGACCCAAUAUAAAUGUAAAUUAUCGGUCAUCAAAUGUUCCUGGUUUUCGUGGGUCUGGAAUAAUACCCAGCUCGAGGCUCCGCAUAAAGCCAACUAACUCAGGAUUGCUACCAAGCGAUAGGUUGACACAAUCCAUAACAUUCGCCAAAGAGCUAAGUUCAGAAAGUAGUGGCGAAGAGGAGAGUUCAACAGAUGAAGUUAACGAAGAGGAAGAAAGUACCAGACGUAAUAACAACCCUCUACUGCGGUUUCGUCGGCCUAUAAAUGGUCCCAUUGGAUUUACUCCUGUAAUAAGACAAAGUACUGGCAGUUCUUCAGCAGUUUCUCUCAGACGAAACCCAUUAUCACCCCGAUCAAAAAUCUCGACCACAACAAGCAGCACAACUACAACGACGGUCAAACCCCGUCCUCGAAGCUUUCAGAGACCAGUUGUCCUUCAGCCAAGAUCGAGACCACAAAACACACUUUUUCCACCACGAGGACUUUUCCAAAGUGUCCAGAAAGAAGAAAGUCUGAAGUCCAACGAUAGUGCUUCUGAAGAAUAUGAAGACGAUGAUGAAAAUAACGCCGAAGACGACUUGCAAGAAAAUGUUCAUCGUAGUAAGCGGUCUAUCCGAUUUUCAUCUAGCCCUGGAAUUCAAAAAAGAGUACGUCGGCAAACAGAUACAGUUAACAGAAGUAGAUUUCGAUUUCGUCGGCAAAACCAAACAGCGACUUUUACAAAAGAAUCAAAGCUCUUGGGCUCUGAUGAUCGUACUGAAACCACAUCAACUCCCCGUGAAAAAUCCAGCUCACGAUUCGGAUCAAGAUUUCAUUCUCCACAGGGACAGCAACUAAACACGCAUACAACACUGUUAGACUCAACGACAGCCCCCAGUCAUAGAUCGAUUCGUCCGACUAGGCCAACAACGAAACGUUCUCAGUUUACGCUUAGAGAGAAAGACGCUACUUCAAAAAGCACUUCACGUGCAAGUUCAACUAAUAACUUCCGACGUCAACCGACAACCGUAAAUGCUUCAAUAAGGCGUCCUGUAGUUCCAAAUACAGGAAAUUCAAACAGCCGAAGGCUAAAGAGCUUUGUUAGCUAUAACAACAAAAAUAAUGGAGACCACGGGCGACUUUCAAGUACUCCGCGAUCCCGAAACUCAAACUCUAAUACAUUGAAUAGAGGAAGAGGUCGUGGCCGAAAUCGGAACGAAUACUCCUCUGACUUGCAGUCCAAUGAACAUGAAGUUCAAACUAUUACAGUUACCCAUUUUUUACCUUCUGAAGUUACGGUACCAGUAGUUAGCGGACAUAUAACUGAGUACAAAAAUAUUGUCACAGCAAAAACGAGCACAGAGCUUGUGGGCCCAAAUCAGUAUAUGCAAGUGCUAGGGACAAACGGAUUAAGUUCUAUUUACUUAAAUCGAAUGGUAUCCAGUGUAAAUAUUGCUGGUGCCACAGAGCAUACAAAAUAUCUGUUGCAUGAAUCUAUCACAAGCUCUGUAAUUUUUACACCAACCACAAUCCGCGGCAGAAAGACGUCCUUUUCACAUAUUAUUCCAUCUACAGCGUAUUCCGUAGAGUACCUAGUAACUACACUACAGCCUCAAAUUUCUGAUAAUGCACCGCUUGCUAACAUAUUGCUAUCCCAGCUACUUUUGGGAAAUUUAAACUUACCUGCCCAUCCAAUAAUAGGUGCUGUUGGGCAGCAGCCAGGUGCUGCAUCGGCUGUAAUACCCACAUCUGUUGAGCCUGUAACUGAAUAUCGCACCCACACUUCCACAUAUGUAACUACAAUCUUUGAUGGGAAAUCCACCAUUCUUCCGGUGACAUUUCAAGGAAAAAAGAUUCUCACUACUGUCUAUGACACUACUGCACAGACAAUAACAGCUACAGAAUAUAGUGUGGAUACCAUAGUGAACACUGUCCCAUUCGCUCAGAACAUACAGUCCGUUGCACCGGCUGCACAGGUAAAUAAUUUAUUGUUGCAACAGUUACUUAUUCAGCAACAGCAGGAGUCUUUAUCACUGGCUCAAGCAAUAUCGAACACUUUACCACCACAAAUAUUUUUGAGUGACAAUCUGCAGGACCUGAACGAUGUUUCACGGUCAUCAAUAACAUCUGAUGUCAUCGAUAAUGUAGGAUAUGAUUCGGAUGUUGUGCCAAUCAGCAAUGACUCUCAGCUUACAAAAAGCCACCGAAAAAAGUCACGAAAAACAAGCAGUGGGAAUAAGCGCAGUAAACAAAGUCAUACAGCUGCGGAAAAACAAGAUCCAAAUGUAGUAACACUUUAUGUAUCGGGCCGAAGACCAGGCGAGUUUAGUACUGUUUUGUCAACCGUAGGAAGCGAGUAUGAUCACUCAGUUUCUUUGCAAAAGAGGCAAGUAAUUUUAAAAAUUCAGCCAACCGUCACUUCGACAGCCAAAAAUGAUUAUUUGUAUUAUACCGAUGAGAGCGAAAAUGUAGAAGAAGAUGAUAUUUCUCUUCCAAAAGAUCAAAAAGGUUUUUCGACGGUUGAAGUAGGAUUUAACGACUUGAGCGAUCGGACGGCAUCUUUAGAAAGCAUUGUUGGUAAUGUAGAUCUUUGGUAUGCAAACUCGAGUGGACAAUUCGAACUGUCGUCGACAAUCAAUUCAAUAGGAAUCUAAUUCCUUACAUUAAAUUAUUUUGUUAUGGCAUUCCCAAAAGCAUAUAAGGAUGAUUAUUAAAUCUGUAUAAAAGCGAAUUAAGACCAUCCCCUUUGGAAGAUGUCCGAUUACUAGUCAGUGAUUAAAAAAUUUUCAACAGGAAUCUUCUUCAAUACUCAACUAUGCAAAGACAAGAAUACACCAUUGCAAUUUUAAAACUAUCAAAACCAUUAAAUUUGCUUUUUUAAUUCUUAAUGUUCAUAAUCUAUAAAUUUACUAAAUUCAAUCUAAACAAUAAAUUAAUUAUAUUAAAUGAAUCGACAGAAAAAUAUACAUAUCCACGAAGCUUGUAUGCGCUAGCGUAAUUAUUCGCAUUAUUUUGACUAUCACAUUGAAGUGUACAAUUAAGCCAACUCAAGUUCACAGCAUGUGUUCACAUAUUGUGUUAAGUUAAGAUUAAAAUGACACAAAUGUUAACAUUUUACCAAUAUACAAUAUAAAUCUUUUACCAAAAUGA